AUGCCUAGUAAUCAACCUACAACGUCUCCACACCAGACACCGGCGGGCACCCCCCCCUCUGGCGACAACCGUGAUUUCGGCAACAUUGCAGAGAAACGUCAGGAGGAGAUUGAGAUCAAGCCUAACUGCGAGCCGCAUGGCUUCGACAGCGAAGAUUCUCCCAUAACAAACCAGCCAAAAGGUUUGUUGGCGCUGCAAAAUCCUGACAAUUGGCCGCUUUUCGAUCUUCGACUGGAAUUGCGUCAGUACGUGGCAGAAUUCUUUGGCACAUUCUUGAUGAUCAUCCUGGGCAACGGCACAGUCGCAAUAUCUUUUGUAAAUGACCAGCACACAUACCUUGCUAUCACACUGGCUUGGGGAAUGGCAGUUGCAAUGGGGAUUUACGUCUCACUUGGAAUCUCCGGUGGACAUAUCAACCCGGCUGUCACUUUUGCUAACGCCGUCUGGGGCCGAUUCCCGUGGCGGAAGGUGCCAGGCUACGUCCUAGCGCAGUUUCUGGGAGCUUUCGUUGGUGCAGCGUGCGCGUACGGCAUUUACCGCGAUCAGUUGGACGAGUGGACUGGCGGUGUCAACGAGGCCUUUGGCGAGAAAGGUUUUGGUGGUAUGUUCUGCACUUACCCCAAACCAGGCAACUCGAUCGGUCUGAGCAUUUGGAGUGAAUUUAUAUGCACCCUGGUGCUGUUGUUCUGCGUCUGCGCCAUUUUCGACCCCAAAAACGCCCCAGCGAAAGGCUACGAGCCACUUGCAGUUGGCUUACUUGUUUUUGCCAUUGGCGUAAACAUUGGCUACGCAACGGGCUUUGCAAUGAACCCCGCACGUGACUUUGGCCCCCGCGUCUUCUCCGCUAUACUGUUUGGCAGCGAGGUGUUCACCGCGAAUGACUACUACUUCUGGCUACCAAUUGUUGUGCCGCCGUUGGGCGCCACCGCUGGCGUCUUUUUGUACUCCUUCUGCCUGCCGAACCGAUGA